AUGGCGGCCGUAACUCGCUCUCUUUACAUUUUCAUUUUCUUUCUGGUUUUACUCGCGUCAAGUUUAAGCAAACCGUUAAAUAUAAGUAGAACACUUUCCGUAGGUAAGGAAAAUGAUACAAAACGCAAGAAACCUUUACUCGAAGAUCAUAUCAAGGGCUUAAAGCUUGAACGCGACGGACAUGUCAACAAGGAAUAUCACCACGAAGCUUUUCUGGGGAAAAUGGUAGAAGAUGGCAUGCUUUUGUUUGACAACGUAGACGGUUCUCGACGGCUUAUCGAAAUAUUUCAUAAGGUUGAUAAAAAUGAAGAUCAUAAAGUGAGCAAGGAAGAAAUGAAAGAUUGGAUUCAUGAAAAAAUUAAGGAACACAUUCAAGAGGCAAAAGAGAACAAUCAUCGAAUGUUUAAAAUUGUUGAUCGGAAUGGUGAUGGCGUUGUGACCUGGGACGAAUUUCGACUGAAGUUUAAGGAGGAUAAUGAAACUAAAAAGAAGGAUUCAACUGAAUUAGGUAAGUUUGCUUUUAAUUUUCUUCGGCGUUGUCGACCUCAGUUAUGCAAAACUCUUAGCAUACGCAAGUGGAACUAAAUAUUUUGUGUUCUUGCGUGGUAAACAUCCUGCAAAGGAGCUUUUAGUUUAGAAGAUAACUUAAAUUUCGUGCGAGAUUGUGAGAGACUUUCUAUUCAUUGCAUUCGAAAAGUAAAUUCAAUUAAGACCGUGAGUUGGAAUUGCUGUAUUGUAUUAAUUAGUUUUUCGUUAAUUCGCGGACAAACGUACAGCUGUACACGUGUACUGUAUGCGUCAUCGUUAUUAAACUUUUGCAGGCGUGCUAUAAUUUAGGUGGAAAAUCACAGUUGUCGCUUGUCAAACCAACGUGAUAACUAGUAGCACACCAGCAUGGUCUUAAUUUGUGAUGGUGAAAUGUUUUGUAAGGUGUAUUUGUUACCAUAGACACUUCUCUGUUUGUGUCCCCUCAUUAUACUCUGUCAUCCAUUUUCAUUACCAACAGAUCAGAAGAGAGAAAGAAAUUAAAGUCUUUCCAAUUCAUACUCCCUCUACGUAAAGGAAAACGAAAAUAUGACCCUGAAGAAAAUAAUAGCAAUUUUAUUUACAGAAUACCCAGCAAAUAUUAUUAGAUGCACCUUAUUUCCAUUUAGUUAUCAAUGACAGAACCCUUUGAAGAACUGGGUGUUAAACCAAGUGGUUGCCUCCUGCCAGUUGGGGUUUUAAUCCUGUUAUGUUGUAUUUGAAUUAUUUGUUUCCAGGUAUUUGAGUGGGGUGCCUGAAACUAGCUGGAUAAGCUAUUGCACUUUCCACUACAGUGAGAUACCAUUGUUACUUAAAAUUGAUGAAUCUAAUUUGCAGAGUAUUUUUCAGUCUAGCAACAAUAAUUAUUUACCCUUCCCCCAAACUGCUGUAACCCUUUCUCCCUCCUUUCUGGAUGAAAUAAAAACAAACAGUCCCUAAAGGGAAGACUAUCCAAAGCCCAAAGGGCAAGCUGUAAAACUAACUUUCAUUGCACCCUGUUCACUCAGACAAGGAAAUGUAUGGAUUUUGAAAUGGAAAAUGUGACUACUGUAUCUCAACAGAAUUUCUAUGUGAAUAGAUUCAUUGCUAUUUCAUAAAUUACUUUAGACCGUACAAAAAGUUACUUACUACAGUUUAUUUUGACAUCUAAAUGAAUGUCAGUAUUAAAUUACUUACUUAAUAAAUUACUUUAGACCAUGCAAAAAGUUACUUACUUCUGUUUAUUUUGACAUCUAAAUGAAUGUCAGUAUAUUUUUCACCUUUUUUGUUUGACUCACAUUGGAAGUAAAAAAGAAUCUUGAUGUUUAUCCAGGUGGUCUUAAGACGAGCUUAGGAAGCAAACUAUUGGAAAACUUGGGUAAACUCCCUUUGGUUGGUUUGUCAUUUAACUGUGUAAAUGCAGAUCAAUGAUAAAUUCAGCAUUUUCUCAGGUUUUAUGCUCGUGCUAUGUCUCUGAUUUUGGCCAUGAUUAUGAAGAAGUAUUCUUGGGUGGAAGGGAGUGAAUGAGGAGGAUUCUCCAGAAGGUCUGAUGACUGGAGAAAAUCUUUGUCUAGUUUUAGAAAAUAAUAAUUUUUCAGUUGCCGUAGCAGAUGCUUGGUAUUUGUUUCUCAGCACUAUUGUUCAAUAAAAAUAAACAAAUGAUACAAAAUAAGGCUGAUAUGGGUGAAUAAAAGUGUCAUCCUCUUGGCUAAAAUUUGUUCCCUGCUUGCUCAAAAAGCACUGAAACACAACUUUAGGUUUCCUGAUAAUUACAAUUCCCCAGCGGAGUGAAAGAGUUAAGUUUAACUUGAGGAAAAGCUGACUUGAAAAUGACUUGAAGUUCCAGUGUAAACCAAACCAACACUUCUUAAGGGGCUGAUUUACUUUAACAUUCUUUCACAUGAUAAUUUGGUGUAGGAGUAAUGGUUAGUUUGACUUGAAGAAAAGCUGGCUUAAAAUAGACUAUAGUUUAUUUAUAAUCACAUUGCAACCGAGGGGUUGAAUUAGGUGAUUAUUUAAAAUAAUUAUGAUAACUUAAAAACACUACCACUAAUAAGCUAAUUUAUGAGAGCGGGGAGAAGGCCGUGGAGCUUAUUCUCUUUUUUCUGUACAACUUCCUUAAAUAGUUUGUCUACAAGUUCCUGGCGGAGGUCUGGAAGUUUAAUUAGGCUUAAUUCAACCAAAGACUCUUUGUAUGAGGAGAAAGUGAAAACAAUGUGCAUAGCUGGCUUUUUACUCCGUCAAAAUCAUUGGAGAGAUACUUGUGAAGACUGUCGUGAAAGACAGGACAUGCAUACUCCGAGAUAGGGCGAAUGCAGAAAAACUGAACUAGCUCUCGGGUACCUAGGCCAGAGUUUUAAGCUGAGGUAAACAGUUACUAUAGGCACUUCUUAGCUUUCUUCAUAAUGGAGUCAAUGUGACAGUUCCAUUUCAAAUCCCUAGAGACAUUGAGGCCUGGUAUUUUGGCAGUGGCAACUAAUUCAAUAGGCAUGUCGUUAACCAUAAUGUGGUCAAAUGACGUGGUUUUCUUAGUGCUAAAGUUUAUGUGAGGCUCCUUGCAUUUUGUCUUGUUUAGUUGAAACUUGUCUCCGAAAGCGCCGUUGACCAGGGUGUCAACGGCGGCCUGGAUGUGACUUUCUUGGUUCUUGCUUAUUGUCUCCAAGAUGGUGUUAUCGUUGAGGUAUUCCCAGAGAUUCAUGGCAGGAGCAUCAAGCUUGUUGAUAAUGAUGAUGAACAGCCAUAGCCCCAAUUUUGUGCCUUGGAGAACCCCUAUCGGGAUAACACCCCAUUCUGAGAAGCAGUCAGGGCCAAGCUUAACUGGCUGUUUGUAUGAAGUGAGAAAACCGAUGAUCAAAGAGACAACAGGGUCAGGGAUGUCAUAUGAGCACAGCUUCCUGACAAAAAUAUUCUUUCACAUUGUGUGAUUUAGGAGUGAAAUGGUUAAGUCUGAGUUGAAGAAAGUUGGGUUACGAAUGACUUGAAGUUCCAGUGUGAAGAAAACCGACAUGCCUCAAAAAGGGCAGAUUUUUUUUUAACAGUCAUUGCAAUUCUUUCUUUAGUGUGAAUAAAACCAAUAUUCCUGGAGGGGCUGGUUUCUUUUAGCCUGCAGGAGCAUUCUCCUGUGGGGUUGUAGGUUUCUUUAUACAGUACAAUUCUCUCGCAUCAUAAUGUGGUGUAGGAGUGAAAGAGUUAAGUCUGACUUAAAAGAGAGCUAGCUUAAGAAUGACUUGAAGUUCUAGUGUGAACAAAACAGGGUGCAAAGAAAAUCAUUUUUACAGCUUGCCAUUCAGGCAAGAUGAAGAUGAAGCUAACAUUUACUAGCCCAGCCAUCAUUUCAACUAGCCCCAAAACCUUUCUGGUGGGCGGAAUUGAUUUCACAGUUCUUCUUUUAUUUGAAUUCCUCAAAAAACAUCACUUGCCCGUUGGGCAAGUUGAAAACAGAAUUCACUAACCCGAUAGCAAAAUUAAGCCUUAAGCCCUGGGGAUAUCGGACACAGGCUACUUUCUUUGCAUGCUACAAAACCAUUUUACAUUCUCUCCUGUAGAUGAUGCUGGUAAUCCGGAGGAAGUGAUGUCAGAAUAUUAUGCUAAGUUCCGCAGAGGAGACAUGAACCUGGAUGACAAGCUGGAUGAGUCAGAGUUCCUGUAUUUUGAGCACCCUGAGCACAAUCCUCAGAGCACCAAGGAUUUAGUUGAAGAUAUGAUUGAAAAUUUUGAUCGAAAUCAGGAUAAGGUGAAUUGUCAACAACAUGGCCUGAUUCUGGAUUGAUCUGAUUCCACUUUCCAUAAGAGUCCUUGGAUUGUGUGAGAAUCAAGCCAGUGACAACAAUGAUAAAUAUCAAUUUUAAACAAUAAUUGGAUGAGGUUUUUUGUGAUAUUCCAAAUAACCAAGUUCGUGGUAAGUGUUAUUAGCCUUGGCUGAUAACACUUGCUGAGACCAUGAGUUUUCCGGAUAUUACAAAAACUGAUUUUCCAUUGGUUUGAAGAAAAUGAUGACAAACACAAUCUCACACAGAAUACAGUUUGACAUUUCUCUUGGAAGUCAUGCAUUACAUUGUAUGCAGACAACCUACAGAUUAGUCAGUUAUCUGCUAGCAAAUACCUAACUAAUCUUUAUGUUGCAUUGAUUUCCAAAAUAAACUGUGAAGGUUCUUAGCCAACGAGAAGGCAGAUAAUGAAUAUUGUGUAUAAAUUCUAGAUGCAAUUAUGGUACUAAAGACAUGGGUGAUUAAUUUUCGCGAUCCCAACUUAGUCACUUAUUGACCCAUGUUUUUAGAUUGAAUGAAGGACACUUCACUUUUCAUCUACAGUACAAACAUUCUGGUACGUUUGCUAACUAUAAAUGUGAAGAACUGUCUUACCCCAAAAAAUCCGAAAAUGUACAACCCCAUUCAAGUAACUCUAUUGAAAAUGCAACUCCAAUAUAGUCAAUCCAGUCAUGAAAAUGUGACCCCAUCUAGUGGCACAUCCCCAUUAGCCUCUUCCCACUUGCUACUGGUAGACAAUAGUUUCUUGUAAAAUGACUGUGAGGGUUAUAUAUUUGCCCAAAAGUGACUAAGAUGCGGUCCAUAAUUGGCCACAGAAUAGACUAUAAUGGGCUCUAGGGGCUCUUAGAGGCCAGCGGCACAUACCCAGCGAAAAUUAACCCAAGUACCCCUCCCCCCGGGAUUACAGGCAGGACUGGCCCUUGUAGAAUGCUCAAAGACAACCCCUGAGUCGUGUUAAAAAACCACUAACCAGUAGUGUUUUGUAAAUAGUAUUGGUUUGAUAAAACCUUGGUAAAGUACAUUAAGUCAUAUUAAAAGAGACUUUGUUUAUAAUGUUUUAUAAUUGAUAAAAAUAAUCUGUCUGUUUAUAAUAUUUUUAAAAUAAGUGCUGCUUUUCUCUGAAGGUGCUUACAAAGAGUGAGUUCAUUCGGCUGCCCCCUGGCGAAGUGGACACUCAGGAAGAAGCCAAUAUGGAUAAUGAAUACGUCAAAGAGUGAGUGCAUUUACAAUAAAAUACAGCUCAAUUAAGCGGCCUCCCUCCACUAAGUGGCCAGUAAUUAAAGUGCUGAAAUAAAUGUAGAAAUAAUUUUAAAUGAAACCCUCUGAUGUGGCCACCUUAUGGCCAUCCCCACAAGAGUUCUGCCACUGUUGUCAGCUGUAUUAUUAAAAUGGCCAUCAUGCGCUUGAUACAUGUACACUUAGUUGAGCAUUUUUUUUUUUGUAAAUAUACUAAAGCAAACUUUUUAGCAUACUUUUCAUGUACUGCUUUUUAUUCAGUAUGUAUUGUACUCCAGCUUUCUCGGAGUUGGACUUUCCUGUCAGCACUUCAUUAUGCAACACUUAUUACUUACUUCUUACUUCUUACGCCCAAUAAAUUUCAGUGAGAAAACAUAUAGGAAAAUCGUGCAAAUUCCUCUUAAAGGCAGUUUAAAGAAAAUGAUAAUUUUAUUGCCGACAAACGGUAUAUGUUGUCAUUUUUGGCCUGGGUUGCUCAACGAUUUUCUGGCACUGUUACAUAUUUCAAGAUGUUAAAUUAUUGCUCAUUGCACUAAAUUAUUGUAGACAGGAAAAAAAAAAGUCUCACUUAAAUUUAGAUUUGGAAUCAUUUUUCCUUUGUAUAGAGUUUUUGUUGUGUAACCUUUAUUUAUAACAUAGCAGAGGUGAGGUGUAUCUUCUGAUUGGUCAAUGCAUCAUUUUUUAUUAGACUUCAGUCUUCGUUAAGGUUUUUAUUGAUAGCAACUGUACAGAGAUCAUUCAGGAUAUCAUGAAAGCUCUUCCAUUCUACAUUAAGGAGGAAACUACUAUUUAGGAAAACUUUUGCUUGUUAUAGAUAUCAACGAACUUAUAUCGCGCUCGCCUAUAUCUUGAGCUACUCUUGUGUUCUUUUUUGUGCUUAACCGCGUCCUGCAUGCAUCCAUAACUCGAUGGCUGCACGCUGGGCGUUUACCAUUUCUUUCUUUUUUGCUGUAUUAUUUUUAACUUUCUUUUUCGCUUUCAUGUACGACCCGCAAAUGGUAAUGUUGGUGUUUUUCAAAUUUCACUGCAUCGGGGAAAGAUGAAUGACAAACGGUGAAUGAUAAAUAAUUAAGGAUGCAGUCUAUACUUAUAACAGGAUACCCAGCUUGAUUCGUUGUUAUAAUCCUGUUUCCUUUACAAUAAAGCUAACAUUUCUUCUCUUAAGGUUAAAUUAAAGCUGUAAGAAAAAAAAACAAGAAAAAAAAAAACAAAACAAAACAAAACAACAACAACAACAACAAUAACAAUACUGCAAGCUGCUAAAUAAUUUGUCAUCAUCAUCAUCAUCAUCCUCAUCAUUAUCAUCAUCGCCGCCACCACCACCACAACCAUCAUCAUAAUCGUCAUCAUCGUCACCAUCAAAAUAGGUAGAUAAAUGAAUAAAUUUAUAAAUUUAUAUUAUCUGCGCCUUUCAAGUUAACUUUCCAGUACACAGUCUAUUUAUAAUCUUUUUUCGCCUGUCUUGUUUCAGUUUUUUGAUUGUAAAAGGAUAGGUGAAGGUUUUUGUCUCCUCUUCUUAACAGUUUCCAGAACGCACUUCGAAAUUCCUGCCCUCUCAAGGCGUACACCCACGGAUUAACCGCGGAGUUGGAAAAUGUAACAAGCGCGGUCCAAAACCACCGCUGUUUAAGCUUUAUUUUUAAACAUUCAUCUGCAAAAAAUGUCUGAAUAGAAGAUAAUACGAAAGAAGGUGACCAUAAAGUUAUGAAUAGGCCAAUGAUGAUGGCGAUGGUUAGUGCUAUUUUUCUCUCCUUGAUGCUGUUUAUCGCUGCCUUUCUGCCCGACUCGCUGCUGACGCUAACCACUUGAAUUUUCUUAGCUUGAGAUCGCGCUACCUUAAAAAUGUGAACGUAGCAGUAAGCAAUGACACAUAAAGGAAUGAAAAAGGUGAUUGUACACCCCACAAUCCAAAACUUUUGUAGGUCCAACGGAUCUUGUAUCAAGACGCGAGGAAGAAGAGCCAAACACGCGGCCAGCCAUAUCGAACAUAUUAUGAUCCUACAUCGGCUUUCGCUGAGCGAUGUGUCAUAGCGAAACACCUUUACUACCGCUAAAUAUCGAUCGAUCGAGACAGCGCAAAGGUUCAGUGAUGUGGCGACGACAGUGUGGGCGGCUAAGCACUCUGAUGCCAUUGUGAGUGGUUCUUUGUCCUCCCAAAUGUUCAUUGCGCUCCUAGUUGCCCAUAUUGGGUUAAGUACCACGCCGACAAUGAAAUCUGCCACAGCCAAAGAAGCUAUGAAGUAGUUAGAAAUUGUAUGAAGACGCGGCUGUUUGUAAAUUGUCAGUAAAACCAAUAGGUUUCCACCUAUGGAAGCCAUACCUGACAAACCGUUUAAAACUGUAAGUGCAGUCGAAGAUGGCUUGUUUAGAGCGCCCUCGCACAUGGCCUGCUCUUCAGGUCCAGUUCCGUUCAUUUUUCGAAAUUUUAUGGGACGUCCUUUUUGUGCUUCUUUUACUUUUUCGGGAAGGUUUCAUCCACUUUCCACUGUUUUUGUUAAAACAUUCCGCUGAAGUGCAAACCGCUUGUUUACACUCCUCUUCAUGGCAGGUGAAGUUGCCUACCUUAGUUUCACGUGUAGAAAAUGAAGUAUUCGAUUUUGUUUGUUGUAAUCACGUUUAUUGAAAGAGGACUAAGAAAAAGCAGUGGUUUGCUUCCUAUUCACCUUGUUAUAAAGUUUAUGAAAGCGUCUUGAAUCUUUUAUUGUUUUAAUCAAGUACAAUAAUAAUGAGUCUUUUCAUUGAUAUUAUGAACAAGAUUUCAUCACUAAUAUUACUUUCCAAACUUCUGUUACUAAACAGCUUUAGUUCAACCCCUCUUUAGAAUGUCAUGGCGCUCAAUAUCUUUACCAAAAAUUAAGGAAAGGAUCUUAAUCUUCAAUACAUUACUUUCGAUUUACCACGUUCAAUAUUCACACACAUACAGCUGACAAUGAGGAUUCCCUAAUGUAUCAUCCAGUCCCCCGCCUGGGUUGAAUAGCCUGAGUCUCAUGUAAGGGCUGUCGAUAGUUUCAUUUCGAUAGUUAAUUGAGAAUUCCGCGCUUGAAUUUCAACUUAGAACCACAUUGAAGAACAGUGCAGCUGUGGGAGAUUUUAGACACAGAUAUAAAGGUUAUUUCAUACUAUUGUGAAGAACGCGUCUUUUCGAUAUUAAGUAGGAAAUGUGUGAAAGCUCGUCAUACACGUGCAGCAAAUUUUUCGCUCAGAAAAAGGCAAUUUCCAACUGAGUGGUAUUAUUUAUUGCUCUAUUCAAAACUGUAUUAAUGUUCCUUGUCCCAUGCAGUGCUAGGAACCGGAAAUUUACUUUGGCCUGGGUUUCGUUAUUGCUUUUGAGUUCAGUAUGUUUUGUUGAAGGUUAUAGAAAUCUUUUUUUUCGCAUUAAGUACAUUGACGGUAGGGAUUUUCAUUAAUUAAGAUUUGAUGCUAUUCACAACAGAAAAAAAAAUUACAUUAAUAUUUUAGGUCUUAGAUGAAUACUUUGUUCUUAGCUCUGUAUUUAAUAUUUAAUGUUAUGUAUAUAAUUCAUUUGAUGUAUUUAGUUCAGUAGUGUACACUACCCCACGUGCUAUUUACUCAUAUCGCGCCAAAAUAAAGGUUUCAUGCCAGUAUGUGAUCUUAUUCCCCCGCACUGCUGCUGAAUGAACUUGCUACACCGCUGUGAAUUUUUUGAUUUGAAGAUUAUCUUUUUUAAACUAGUACGAUCGAAUUAACAGAUUUAAAGAUUAUCUACUCCCCGGUUUGUACUGAUGAAAGUUAUUUGCGGGGUUUUCUUUUGUUUGAGUUUAUUUUCGUAGCUGAAAGAUAAUGUUUAAAAUUUCAAAUCUAAUUGCUAUCUGCUCUUUUAUGAUUUAAUAAUAUUUUUUUGUCUCGUUUGUUGUUGUUGUUGUUUUUACCUAUUUAUACGGCGUAACAAACUGUUUACUUGAAUUCUUCUCGUAAAGGAUGCACCCUUGGAAUUAAGUUUAGGGGCAAAAUGCAACGCGCGUCUCAUUAAAAAAAAAAAAAACCGUUAAAAAGUUAUAUACAAUCCUGUGGAGGUAAGAAAUUCUGGCCCAAAAAAGUGUCAGGUUUGAUGGGGGAAGGGGGGGGGGGGAAAACACACCCCCCCGGCCCCUUCUUUUUAAUCCGCAAAUUUUAAAAUAAAAAAAAAAAAGAGUAUUUGUAUUGGAUGUGUAGUGGAGUGUGAGAAAACGAUGUAAGAAUUUCUGUCUCAAACAAGUGUCAGGUUUGAUGGGGGAAGGGGGGGGGGGAAAUCCGACCCCUCCGGACCCUUCUCCUGAAUCCGCCACUGUUAAACUGAAUGAACGAAUUGGUAUUUCUGUUGGUCAUUUAGUUGAGAAUGAUCAAAAUGCUAUUGAACGUCGGUCAACGACUUGAGGUUGUGCACGAUCAAGUCCGUAACAGCUAUUCACAAAAAAACUUACAAAACAGACGUUUCACAAACCGGCUUUAUAAGACUUAUAACCAUUGAUUGCACUUUUUAACUUUGUGUAGAUAUAUUUUUACUUUGAGUAUAUUUGCAUCUUAACUAUAUAUGAGGAUGAUUUCAAGAACUUUUCUCUUGACCUAUAAACAGAAUCAGAAUCUGCAAAGUUGCAAUUAACAGUAAGGUAAACUCGCAGAAGAAUUAAUAUUAAGAAAAGGUGUCUUCUCACAGAAAGGUUUAAAGAAAUUCGAUAUCCUAAACGUUGAUCUAAAAAAGAAUAAUAAUAAUAAUAAAUAUGAAAAAAAAUAAUACAAUAAAUAGUAAAAAUAAAUAAUAAUAAUCACGAUCAUAAUCGUAAUCAAGUUAUAGACGAUUAUUUAAUUGACUAGCCUGCGAACGACAACCGUUUCUACUCGCUGCUUGGCGCGUGAAGAUGCUUCCCAAGCGGCAAGGAGCGAGGAGAAAGAGCUGUAUUCGCAGGUUAAAAAUUGACAUGGAUACACAUUUUCCUAUACUUAUUUUAAAUUCGUAUAAUAAACUAUAUCAGACGUAACUAACGACCACUUUAUUUCUCGCAUCCUUUACUCUUCUUACUUUUAAUAAAAUAACUGAGAUAGUACGUGCGUUAUUGGUUAAAAAUCUAUGGUUAAAGUUAUUUUAUACAAGCAAUAGACCACACUUUCUAUGGGUUUACCGGCGUGAUAACCCACUUGGGAUGUUAGGAGAACACUAAAAAAGUCUCGUAAAUCACUUCCAACAUCCCACAUCCCGCGUGGGUUAUCACGCCGGUAAACCCCAUAGAAAGUGUGGUCUCGCUUAAAUAACCUGUACAUUUAUUUUCCUAGACGCGAGGAGGAAUUCGCUGCAAUGGACGAGAACGGAGAUGGAAUAGUGAAUUCAGAGGAGUUAACUAAAUACUUGGCUCCAACCCACGAGCAGCGCGCGAUCAACGAGGCAAAUUACCUGGUACGAGUGGCUGACAGAGAUUAUGACGGGUUUCUAUCAGAGCAGGAAAUGAUUAUGAACUAUCAGCUUUUCACUGGAAGCAGUAUGGCCAACUAUGCGGGAUAUCUGCAUGACGAAUUUUAGAACAUGAACUUCUUUUUUCCAUUGUAGAUAGACUAAUACCUUAUUUGUUCGAAUAAGCGCCCGAGCGCUUAUUUCAAAAGGGUGGAAUGGGCAUUGAAUAGCUCAUUACGUUUCCAUUUCUGUAUACUAGAACUGUAUUGUAGCAUUGACCUUUUCUGAGUAAUCGUCUAAAAUUCAGGCUACUUUUGAAACACACGUGGAUAGAGUUGCCUAGAACCGGUUAUAUUAUCAGAGUCUGCCAAGUCAAAGUAUUAAGAUAUGCAGUUGAUAGCCUGCCAGUAAGCUCUCCAGUUCGAGUGGCGAGCGAAGCGAGCCGCGAUUUUCUUUCGCGUGCGGCUCUUGGGUGACUUCUCAGGACUCCUCCAAAAAGAGAAGAGCUCGCUCACAGGCUAAGCAGUUGACAAAGGACUGAACUUUCCUUCUGAUCUCUCCAUCAAGAAAGUGAUCGGGGAGGGAGAGGGUAAAUCGCUAGUCUGGCCUCGGGGACCGCUUUUUCUAAGGUUUUAUAUAGUGUAACUCGAAGCUGCCAAAAUAAAACAGUAAGUAAUGACAAUCUAAGAAUUGAAACUGACAGAUACAAUCUUCCUAAAAUUCCUGAGCCUCUUAGGAUAUGUCAGCUUUGCUUGUCGAAUAAAGUAGAGAAUGAAAUUCAUUUUCUAUUCAAAUGCAAUUU